AUGACCGUUCAGUAUGUUGACCAGCUCUCCCGGAACAGCGAGUGGGCCAACUUUAAGCUUCUUAUCAAGUGGCGAGGGAGCGUAUACAAGACUGUAUGGCGGAAUAUGCUGGUCUACCUCCUCCUCUAUCUCAUUAUAUCCUUCGUUUACCGCUUCGCCCUCCCAGACUGUCAUCGCAGAAUAUUUGAGAAGGUGGUGUUGAGGCUCUCAAGCUUCGGGAGUGUCAUUCCCAUCUCCUUCGUGUUGGGCUUUUACGUGGGUCUGGUGGUCAACCGCUGGUUGGAUAUCUUCAGGAACAUGCCCUGGCCUGACAACGCUGCUAUCCUGGCCUCCACCAACGUCCAUGGCACGAGCGAGGAAGCGAGGACAAUUAGAGUCACUGCCCUGCGCUAUGUCAACCUGAGCAUUGCCAUCACCUUCGCCACCAUCUGCCCGGCCGUCAAGGAAACACUAAACACUGCCGAAGACCUCCUGCGUGAAGGUUACAUCAUAGAGAAGGAGAUAAAUACAAUAAAGAAGCUGGAAGAGCAGACGGACCAACACAAGGCCUGGUUACCCUCCAUGUGGGCGUGCAAGAUCCUAGCGCAAGCCAGAGAGGGCGGACACAUAGAAUCCGAUCUUGCUCUCAAAGCUAUCGUUGCCGAAAUACUCGGUAUCAGAGUGAAGUGCGGAACUCUACUUGGUUAUUACGGCAACAACAUUCCUCUUAACUAUACCCAGGUGAGGCUGACAGUGUGUGGAUGA